AUGAAUGUACUCUCUCACAAGUUAGACAAAGCUGUAAGAGAUAAGAAGUUUAAGUUCCAUCCUCGGUGUAAAUCAAUUUCUCUGACUCAUCUUUGCUUUGCUGAUGAUCUUAUGGUGUUUAUAGAAGGAACGAAAGAGUCUAUUGAGGGGGCCUUGUCUGUCUUUGAUGGUUUCGCAAAGUGUUCUGGGCUGAGUAUAAGCAUAGAGAAAUCAACAAUUUAUAUGGCUGGUGUGUCAAGGGAUGAAAGGAGUAGGGUAUUAAAGGAUUUCCCAUUUGCUGAGGGUGCGCUUCCGGUCCGCUAUUUGGGACUUCCAUUGAUGACAAAAGUUAUGAAUAAGCAAGACUACUUGCCUUUACUGGAAAGGAUUCGUUGUAAGAUCAACUCAUGGACGUGCCGGUUUCUUUCUUAUGCGGGGAGGCUGCAAUUGAUUAAAGUUGUAUUGAUGAGUAUUGUUAAUUUUUGGGCAGCUGUGUUCAGGCUACCAAGUAAGUGUAUGAAGGAUGUGGAGUGUCUUUGUGCUUCGUUUCUCUGGUCAGGGCCUGUUCUAAAGUCUGCUGGAGCAAAAGUUGCAUGGAAAGAUAUAAGAACGAUGGAGAGUGAAGGAGGUCUGGAGAUUCGGGUAUUAAAAGAAGUCAAUAUGGUAUAUGGACUAAAGCUCAUUUGGAGGUUGCUAUCAGGUGACUCGCUUUGGGGGAAAUGGAUAAAAUCCUAUCUUCUAAAGAAGAAGUGUUUCUUGGAAGUGAAGUUGAAUACUCAAGCCGGUUCUUGGAUGUGGAGAAAAAUGUUGAAAUUGAGAGAUGUCGCUAAAACUUUAUGUAAAAAAGAAGUGGGAAAUGGCCGUCAUGUCUCGUUUUGGUUUGAUAAUUGGUCUGCUAAAGGGGUGCUAUUUGAUACUUUGGGAGAACAUGGUAUCAUUGCAAUGGGUAUAAGGAGAGAUGCUACGGUUGAGGAAGCUGUUAUGUCUAGGAGGAGGAGAAGAAGACACAGAACAGAGGCGCUAAAUGAAGUAGAAGCAGUGAUGACUGAGGUUAAAGAGAAGAUGAGGCAGAAUAUUAUGGAUGUUACUCUUUGGAGGAUGAAGACGGGAUUUAAAUCUACUUUCUCUUCUUAUGAAACUUGGUUGUUGGUGCGUGAAUCUCAUGCUCAAUGCUCAUGGGCAAGAGGCGUUUGGUUUUCUAUGGCUACACCAAAGUUUGCUUUCAUGACUUGGUUGGCGAUGUUGGACAGGUUAUCUACCCUGGAUAGAGUCUCCAAAUGGUUUCAGGUGGCUCAGAUUUCGGGAAGUACUUUGAGUAAGAUGGGUUCAUUUUGCGUUAGAUAUGCUUUCCAAGCUGCAAUUUACGCGUUAUGGAGAGAGCAAAACAGGAUAAAACAUCGAGGGAAGUCUAUGGUUAUUUAUGUUCUGAAGAAGCUAGUUGAUAAAGGGGUAAGGAACAAGUUAAGCUUGAUGAGAGGGAAGAAGGGGAGAAGUAUGGAUGGUGCUCUCCAAUUCUGGUUUGGUACUAGAGUGUAUUGGAGUAGAUUGAGAGUAGAGGUAUAA